CUGUCACUGCUGAGACAGACUCAAACCAGCACAUCAGAAGCUACAAAGACUGAGAUCUUCUAGCAAGAGGCAACAAGACUCCAGGAAUACUCAUAGAAGAUGCAGUGCUCUCGUGUGUUCCAGCCUUCCUUCUGCACACCAAUGGCGUUCCACUGGCCAGUGCCAGUGCGCACACUGUGGCCUGAGACACGCUCCAUCUUCAUUCAGAUGGAGAAUGACAUCCUGAGACAAAUGGAGGAAAUGCAGAGAAGUAUGGACUUCAUGGAUCAAGUUCAUCAGCUGAUCUUUAAAAAGAUUGAGCCUAUUGAUCAAGGCACUAAGCUUUUUGAUGCCAAGCCAAUCCCCUAUAAGACAGAGAAAGAAGGAAACCGCUUUGCUCUGACGCUGGAUGCCAAAGACUUUUCACCUGAAGAGCUGACCGUGAAACAGGUGGGACGGAAACUGCGGGUGACUGGAAAGCAUGAAAAGAAAGAGGAAGAUGGAAAAGGUGGCUACGCCUUCAAAUACCAGGAGUUCAGACAGGAAUUGGAGCUGCCACAAGAUGUGAACCCUGAUGAGGUGACCUGCUCCUUGUCCAACGGGCAGCUACAGAUUGAAGCGCCAUGUCUGGCACUGCCUGCUGUGACUGAGAGAACUGUUCCCAUCAACACUGGCACUGCUGUGAAGACCCAGCCAGAGAGGAGCACAGAGGAACAGGAAAUGACCAGCAGCGCAGAGAAAGAACAGCAGGUGGAAAAACAAGGAGUUUGAACAGACUGGUGACAUUUGUAUAAUAUUUGUUAUGAAUGUGGAAUCUGCUAAAUUAUUAUUAUUAUUAUUAUUAUUAUUAUUAUUAUUAUUAUUAUUAUUAUUAUUAUUAUUAUUAUUAUUAUUAUUAUUAUUAUUAUUAUUAUUAUUAUUAUUGGGGCAGCAGUGUGGAGUAGUGGUUAGGGCUCUGGGCUCUUGACCGGAGGGUUGUGGGUUCAAUCCCCAGUGGGGGACACUGCUGUUGUACCCUUGAGCAAGGUACUUUACCUAGAUUGCUCCAGUAAAAACCCAACUGUAUAAAUGGGUAAUUGUAUGUAAAAUAAUGUGAUAUCUGUAUAAUGUGAAAUAAUGUAUAAUGUGAUAUCUUGUAACAAUUGUAAGUCGCCCUGGAUAAGGGCGUCUGCUAAGAAAUAAAUAAUAAUAUUAUUAUUAUUAUUAUUAUUAUUAUUAUUUACCAGUUACCAGAAAAUAUUGGGGUUUAUGGACUUCACGUACUUUAAUUUACAUUAUAACCAAAUCAUGUUUUUGUUUGUUUGUUUUUAAUAAAAUAAAUAUU